AUGAUCCAAAAUUUUGAUAAAUAUUUGCAAAGUUUGAAGCCGAAAUAUGAUGACGACGUGGUGGACAGAUGUAACUAUUUGAUCACUAACAUUAUGCUUUUAAUUUGUGCAAUAACUGUUGCCGCGAAACAAUAUGUUGGAGAACCACUACAGUGCUGGGUACCGGCUGAAUUCCAGAAUGGCUGGGAGCAAUAUAUCGAGAAUUUUUGUUUCGUUGAAAAUACCUACUUUUUACCGUUUGCAGAUGAUAUACCUACGGAUGUUUCGAAGCGUGAUCAAUAUCAAAUACAAUAUUAUCAAUGGACACCGUUUAUUCUCACCUUACAAGCUUUGCUGUUUCUUGUACCUCGGACUAUCUGGACAAUGUUUAAUUGGCGUACAGGAUUAAAUAUGCAAGCGAUUGUUGAUGCAGCAAUUCUAACCAAAAAAGUGGGCAAAAAACGGCAUUUGAAAAAAAUAACGAAAAAUCGAGACGAUUUAUUUGCACAAGCUCAACAAAUCACUUAUGUGAUGGAUUUUAACCGAAGGAAAAGUCAAUAUGGAAAAUUUAUGGCACCACCACAGCAAAUUUAUGUUACAAUGUUAUAUUUAUUUUGCAAAUGUUUGAAUGUUUUAAAUAUCAUUGUACAACUUUACUUGUUGAAUCGUUUCCUUGGUAUGCAAUAUUAUUUGUGGGGUUUUGGAGUGCUCAACGAUUUAAUUCACGGUAGAGAAUGGUCCAUAAGUGGAAAUUUCCCGAGGGAUGCAAUCACAGUGCUGCAUUUGGUGAGCGAUAACGCUGGCGAAAUGGUCGCAGCCGAUCUGCUUGCGGCAUUGUGGCAUAUUUAUCAAAACCGCAAAGAUGAAAAGAAAAUUCAAGACUGA